GGACUUAAAUGGCGAGGGGCGGGGCUUGUGGGUCUCGGGGUCACGUGGGUCAGAGUACGCGCGUAAUGGCGGCAUCGCGGCGGCGGCUGGGAGUGCGUGGGGCCGACGAUGUGAGGAUGAGUUGAGAGUGGCGAGCCCCGGAGAAAGCGCGGCGACUCCCGAGGAGAACGACGACGAAGAACGACGACGAAGAGGACUCCGGCGGUUGGUUGCGGCAGCAGCAACGAGCAGCAGCAACCAGCAGCAGCAAGAGAGGCAGCGGCAACACAAGAGUCGAUCGAGCCCGCAAUCGUUACAAUAGUCGUGUUUGCUUGCCUACUGCUUUGCGCCGUGGCUGUGGACGUGAAAGAAUAAACGCCACCAUCAUCAUUAGCAUCGUCUUAUCAGUAACACCAUCACGGCAUCUCCAUCGUAUAGUCCAUCUCCGUCAUCACCUCGCAUCGGCAUCAUCUCCACCUCGAAUCAACCCGACCGUUGUCUCUUCAUUCUUUCCAUCACCGCCGCUGUCAUCACCUCCAUACCCCCUGUUGUCCUCAUCGUCAUCUUUUCCAUCAUCCUCCACAUCAUCGCCUCCGACGGCUGGACCUCUGCGAGCAAGGUUCUGGGCUGCAAGGGGAGGCUGAAGGAGGAGGCAGUAGUGGCGGUGUUUGCCACGGGCUAUGUACGCCGGCUGCGAUCUCUGGACUGGGGAUUCCUCAUAACCCUUUGGUCAUCACCGUCCUCGUCCCCUGGACGUCUUUGGGCAACUCUUUGCACAUCACUUUAAAGUCCGCCACCCUUCCCCGUUAAUUGGCAUCCUCUUGUUUCUGCACUUCGCGUGUUCUUGAGUCGUCGUUAACGUCCGGGACCGGUUCACCGUCAGCAGCCCUCCCGCACCAGAGACUCCAACCCUCGCCACAUCACCGAUCGUCUCUCCAACAUCUCAGAGCAGCAACUUGAUACCCGCGUCUUUUCCACGACCUUUUUUUUUAAUUUGCUCCCCGUUAUAGACGAACACUAACGAGAAUCUUCAAAGGAGAUAUUCCGCCCCGUCCACCUCGGACCUUUCUUCGUAAUUCCUCCUCGGUCCGCUCCACCCCACCCCCCGCCACUGGUUCCUCCACCAGCGCCCAUUCCCUCUCUCCUGCACCUCUCUCCUGCACCCCCCCUACCCCCCCAUUCCUCCACCCUCCUCCAUCUCGUCCCCUCCUCCAUCUCGUCCCCUCCUCCCUUUGAUGCCGCGGCCGGGCCGGGCGGCGAGGCCUCCUGGGCGCCCCCCAUGCAGGAGGAGGACGCGGCGGGGCCCGCGGGGGUCCAGGCCGAGUCCCCUAGCCGGGUACCCGAGGGCUCUGUGAGACCCCGUGGCGGCACCAACCCCUUCCUGUGGACCGCGGUCUUCGACUACGAGGCGAGCGCCGAUGACGAGCUCACCUUGCGGCGGGGCGACCAGGUUGAAGUCCUCUCCAAGGAUGCGAAGGUGUCGGGCGACGAGGGCUGGUGGACGGGAAAGAUCGAGGAUCGAGUUGGCAUCUUCCCCAGCAACUACGUCACACGGAAGCCCAGCUUCAACAGGCUGCAGAGGACGAAGCCUUGCGACUACGUGCCCCCCGUGGAGAUUGCCUUCACGCAGCUCCUGCUCGAGGAGAUCAUUGGCGUUGGCGGAUUUGGGAAGGUUUACCGAGGCCUCUGGCAGGAGGAGGAGGUGGCAGUGAAGGCAGCGCGGCAAGACCCCGACGAAGAAAUCAGCGCCACGGCCGAGAGCGUGCGGCAGGAGGCAAAACUCUUCUCCAUGUUGCGACAUGACAACAUCAUCGCGCUGCGCGGGGUCUGCCUGCAGGAGCCCAACUUGUGCCUGAUCAUGGAGUACGCGCGUGGCGGGCCGCUGAACCGUGCUCUGGCAGGGCGGCGCAUCCCGCCGCACAUCCUCGUCGACUGGGCGGUGCAGAUCGCUCGCGGCAUGCUCUACCUGCACGACGAGGCCAUUGUCUCCAUCAUCCACCGCGACCUCAAGUCCAGCAACAUCCUGCUGCUGGAGCGCAUCGAGAACGACGACAUCAGCAAGAAGACGCUGAAGAUCACAGACUUUGGGCUGGCACGAGAGUGGCACCGCACCACCAAGAUGAGCCAGGCUGGCACGUACGCGUGGAUGGCGCCCGAGGUCAUAAAGUUUUCAAUGUUCUCCAAGGGCAGCGACAUUUGGAGCUACGGUGUGCUGCUGUGGGAGCUGCUGACCGGCGAGGUGCCGUACCGCGGCAUCGACGGCCUCACCGUGGCUUACGGCGUCGCUGUGAACAAGCUCACGCUGCCCAUCCCCUCCACCUGCCCAGAGCCAUUUGCCAAGCUCAUGGCCGACUGCUGGAAGGCAGACCCACACGCACGCCCCUCCUUCGCCUCCAUCCUGGAGCAGCUCACAGCCAUCGAAGAGUCCAUUCUGCUCGAGAUGCCCCCGGAGUCGUUCCACUCCAUGCAGGAGGACUGGAAGGUGGAGAUCCAGCACAUGUUCGACGACCUCCGAGCCAAAGAGAAGGAGCUUCGCAGCUGGGAGGAGGAACUGACGCGCGCGGCCGUGCAGCAAAAGACGCAGGAGGAGUGCCUGCGUCGGCGCGAGCAGGAGCUGGCGGAGCGUGAGAUCGACGUGCUGGAGCGCGAGCUCAACAUCCUCAUCCACCAGCUUAACCAGGAGAAGCCGCGUGUCAAGAAGCGCAAGGGCAAGUUCAAGCGCAGUCGCCUCAAGCUCAAGGACUGCAACCGCAUCAGCCUGCCGUCCGACUUCCAGCACAAGAUCACGGUGCAGGCUUCGCCCACCGUCGAGAAGCGCCGCAGCCUCAUCAACAGCAGCUCAUCGAGCCCGCCGGGCAGCCCCACCAUCAAGCCGCGGCUCAGGGCCAUACAGCUCACGGGAUCCGAGGGGCAGUCAGGGUUCCCCAGCCCCCAGCGCAACAGCUACGUGUACCAGCAGGACGUUGACAUCACCAGCGAGUGCGCUCUGUCUGAUGGCGCUGCGAAAGCCGCGGUGGAGAAGCGCGAGGGGACCAGGACGUGGGCGCACGGGUCGGUGUGCUCGCGCCCUCGCUCGCAGCAUGAGGAAGACGAGGCGGAGCGCAAGGGCCAGCGCAAGAAGGGUCGCACGUGGGGGCCCAGCACCAUGCAGCAGCCACGCGAGAGGGGCUCCUGGGAGGACAGGUUUGUUCCAGCUGCCGAACCCCUCAUGGUGUCGCCCGAGCCCCAACGCCUGAAUGGCAGUGACGAAAGGCUCACGCCGUUGUCGGAUGAGAACAAGCAGUGGUCGUCGAGCACUCCCAACCUGGGCAAGACGCCGCAGCGAGCCAGUCUGCCCGCGGCUGUGGGCUUCUCAUGCCUGCACGAGACGGGCGAGAGUGGCGACGCCGUGCCCUCGCCCGAGCCCCAGGCCAGCUCGGACCCCACGCCUCAGGCGACGGGUGCACAACUCGAGCUCCCGCUCACGGGCGCACGCAACUCGUGGCCUGGGAACGGCGCCAUUGCCGCCAUUGCCGUCGCCGCCGCUGUCGCCACCGCCUCCCCCGCCGUGGCGUGCGGACAAGGGAGCGACACCACCGAGGAGCCCACGCCCGUUAACUCGGCCUCCAGCACGCCGCAGGUGACCCCGACAAACAGCCUGAAGCGGCAGCCUACCCAGCGCAAGCGCUGCGAGCUGGCGCUGCUGGACUGCGCCGCCGUGCUGGCAUCGGUGGUGCUGGGCGUGGACAUACGUGACGUGUGGAAGCAGCAGGUGCUGGGCGGGCUUCCCGAUGACCUUGAACCAGCGGAACGGGACCGCUCGGCGGACCGCGGUGUCGGGGUCGGCGUUGGGGUGGGCGUAGGCUCCACCAAAAAGAAGGAGGGCCUCUUCCAGCGCACGGGCCGCUUCCGCCGCAGCUCCAGCCCGCCGAGCCGCAAGCCCACCAAGAAGGAGGAGGCGGCGGCAGCGGCGCUGGCGGCGGCCGCGUCGGGGCCCGGCGGCGAGCCGCACGCGUCGGUCACGCUCGACUCGCUGUCGUCCAUCUCCGAGUGCAACUCGACGCGCUCGCUGCUGCGCUCGGACAGCGACGAGAUCGAGACUCCGCCGAGCGUCGACUCUCCGCCGACGCCGGGCGGCGGCGUGGCGCUGCGCGUGACGGCAGCUGCCCCCCGCUCGCCGUCUUCGUCGUCGUCGCCGUACGAGGACGCCGGGAUGGCCGCGGCGGUGUCGCGCACGCGUAAUCCGCUCGUGGACUGCCGCGUGGAGAGCUUCAAGCGCGAGCCGGGCCAGUCGCUCACGCCCACGCACGUGCUGCUCCCCGCGGCGGCCGGCGCCGUGGCCAGGAGGCACCGGAGGACUCCGUCGGACGGCGCGCUGCCGGGGCAGAACGGGCCGGCGCACCAGCGCACGCCAUCGGACGGCAGCGAUGGGGGUUUCCCUCCGACGACCAACGGCGUGGGCGAGGGCCCAUGCCACGGGCUCCCGCGCCUGCCGGAUCCACGGUCGAUGCUGGCGCCGGCCCCGCGGCGCCACCCAUCAGACGACGCUUCUCACGACCCCGCGCUGGAGCGCCCCCGCACGCUCGAGUUCACACCGCGGCCCCGACCCUCGCCCGGCGGCGGCACCGGCGGCUCGGCGUCAGGCGGGGCCGGCCCCGCGGCGGCGGGGACGGCACGCAGCCGCAUCGACCCCUGGCGCUUCAUGUCGCCGGGUGGCCGCCAUGACGGCGGCACCGACUCCCCGGCCAGCAACUCCGGGACGGCCACACCGACAGGCAGUGCCGGCGACUUCGGCGCGCCCGCGCACCUCCGCGCCAGCUACUCUUCGCCGGCACACCACGCGCUGCCGCCCACCUUUCGGCAGUCGAGCUUCGACGGCGACGCGCAGCACCACUGCCAUCGCCACCAGCACCAGCCGCAUUGGCAGUUGGGUGCCGCCACCGGCGGCGAUCACCACUUGGGCGUGGUGUUGCGCCAGCAGCAUCAUCGCGGGCUAGCGGGUGAAACGGAGGCCGAGGCGCACUCUCCGUUCCGUGCGUUGGGCGCCGUAUCUCCGCAACACCUGCUGCUGGCGCGUCGCUCCACCGAGCCGGCGUUUAGUGUCGGCGGUCGUGGCGGCGCCUUAUCGCCUGCCGCCGGAGACCCCUUCUGCACGUCGAGCAGCGUGGGCACCCUGCUCGACAUGGACGUGGAAGGGCAGAGCCAGGACGGGACGGUGCCGCUGUGCGAGCCGAAUUUGUGAAUUUUCCCCGCCGGGUGGGCGAAGCGGCGGGAGGAGGGGCCUUUGGGCAAGAACUGUUUGCGCGUGAGGUGCGGUCGCUGUGGAGUGAGGGCGAAGCGAGCGGUGAGGUUUUGCCGGCCAUGGGGCCGCACCCUGCUAGCAUCCCUUGGAAAACUGUGAUGGGAACUAAAAACAAAACAAGCGACAAACUCCCUCUGCCGACCCGCACGGAAAUUACGGAAUCGCUCAGUUGCCGCGUUGCCAAUGGCGCAAAACAUAAAAUGACGAGAAACCUGAUAAUAAGUCAGUGAUAUUGAUCGCAACCCAAUGAUAAGCAAUGCGCGUGUUUAGUCGAUUCUGCAAGAGCGGGUUACGUUAUGGCCACAACGUUGGACUGCACUGCCAUUCUUUUUGCCUUGAAAGUGCUGCUGCGGCGCCCGCGUGGAACGCGGCGAGCGGAUCCCCCUUCCGCUUGUCUCGUGUGAUGGCGCUUUCUCGCACGCUCACUCCGGGCUAGCUGGCGCAAGCUGCACUCACAGGUAGCUUGAUUUGCACUGCUGUUUUGGGUUUUAUCCCCUUUUUAUUUCUAUAAACAGAGGGGGGAGCAUUUUAGCCGUGGCCAUUUUAGGGUUGGCUAAACGUUUGAAAAUAAAGUUGCCGAGACCGCUUCCAAUGGUAGCAUUCCUUGACAUGUUAAGGGGGAUAGUUUGUAGUUUCUUUAAGCCCAUGAACCACUCUGGCAAUUGCAGGGCGAUCGUGGCCAGCAAUCAUCACCGGCAAUACAUUAACCAUGAGCGACGAUGGAAGCUUGGGUGGGCAAUGGAAUGGAGUGACAGAGCUUUCUCUAGCCAAUCAAAGCAAGCCUAGAUAAUAAGUGUGUACGCCGAACAAUGAUUGAUCUACUGACUGUAAAUUAAACUGUUGAUUGUGUAUGGGGUAGGCCUAGUACUCAUCACUAGUUAUGUAAACUGGUCAUUCAGUAGCUUAUGCAGUCCAUUAUUACUAGUCGGUUAGCCAUUCACUUCGUCAAUACAAUGCAUUACAUACCAGAUCAAAUCAUUUGGUCAGAAAGCGUUCUCUUUAAUCUGUCCAGAUCCCACUCAUGCUGGAUUUGGAAGCCCCACCAUGUUUUGUCAGGCAAAGAAAGCACGACACUCUUCGGCAGUCACGUGUGCUCUUUCUCUGAUCUGAAUGGACAUUGCCACCCCGGCUGCCCGCUUUUAGGGGGCAGCUUGGUCAGAAUUAUUCAGACUUUGGGCAAUUCGAUUUUUACGCUGUGAAAUGAUUGUGCAACCAGUGCCGGUGGCGAUUGCCGGCAUCGAUUGCCCGAGUGGAUCGCGGCCUUUAGGCUUUACACCAGACAAAAAUCGGGUUCUAAAUAUUUUUGUUAUUAUCAAUGGACCAUUGCUCAAAGAUAAAGUGAAGGUUUCCUCCCAUGCAAGGCGCACAAGGCUUUUCCCACGAAUGCCAGAAAAGCCUUGCUUCCACACGUGCAUUCACGUGACACUGCUCACCCAGUCCCCCCAACUCAUUCCAGCACAGCUCUCUUCUAAAGUCUUAAACUGCUCCCCAGGUCGAUGCUGAAGGUUUAAGUUCAAGUGUUAAGUGUUUGUUUUGGGUGGUUUCAGUUUGGAUAAUUGUCGCAUAUGUCUCGGAUCGUUCUUGUCCCCAACUGCUCCCCCCUCCUGUUUUGGUCACGAACGUAGCAGCACCAUCGUUGGUGGGCCUACAAAACGUCACGUGUCUAACUUUGCACUUGACUGCAGCAGCGUGGACCGUGGAUUUAUAUCUGGUGCCUCGAACCGGACUUGAUUGAGCUGAAUUAUACUACACGCUCUCUCACCAUUCAAAGAGCUCGCUGUAGCAAAAAGAUAGUGAAUUUGAACGGACCCAUUUUCGUUGUGGAUUGGAACUGCUUGAAAUACUAACUAUCGCGAUGGGUGUUUUGCCUACAACUGUGAACUGUUCCGCUGUGCUUCCCAGAUCCCACCAAUAGAGUGGUCAAUUACAAAUUCCUGUGUUGAAAUGUCUGUUGAGGUUGUUUUCAGCGUUUUGUUAUUGUCUUUUAUCAUUUAAUCUGUCCGACAGUAAGAUGUUAUGCAUAGUCGUGUGGCAUAGGACAGCGUGUUAAGAAAUGGGGCAAUGUUUGAACCAACAUCGUCACCCAUGCUACUCAAGAAUUCUUAAACUGGUCUGAGUCACAUCUAUGCACUUUGUAGCAGCUUGCGUUCAAUUUAAUUUAAUUUUCUCCUGCUCAGAUUUUAAACUACUGAAACACUAAAUUAUUCCUAAAAAGGAACCUGACUGGGUCUGUAGCCUGUGACAAAACGUGUUUGUGCGUAAGAUCCUGUCGUAAAAGAUAAUGUUAUUUAUUUUUCGUUUUUAUUUAAUUCCCUUCCCUGCCCACCUAUUGGGCCCGUUCAAUCCCCCGAUGGGUAAUGUUUUAACAAGUAAGCGAUGGAGUACAUCUUGCUGAGAAUGCUGAAGAGUUUACACCUUCCUGUUAGCGAUGCAGCCUCCUUCCUCCUUCGCAACCCCGCACUCCGUUGCUUCAGGUGUUGUUGUUCUGAAGGCAAAUUUAGAAUAGUCAGUACUUGCUCGUUUUGCUUGUGUCAAAAUGACAUUUUCACGUCUUAAUGGGUACGACAUGAGUUAAAGUAAAUAUUAUGAUGCCCACUGAUAAUUAAUGGCUUCGCAAGUAGGUUAAGUUUUACGUAUUUCUCGGACAAGACAUGAUAGGCGGUGAUAAUUUUACGAAUAAUUGUUGAAGCAUGCCAAGGCAUUCGUUAA